AUGGCCGCCAUUAUUGGCAGACUUAUUGUUAAUAUUGAUCGAGGAGGACAGGCGUCGGAUCCACGCCUCAGUGGUCAUGUCGGUAGUCCUUUAUGGGGCACCGAUUUGGGCGCAAACCGUGGCCGGGAAUUGGCACCUGUGUUGUGCGAUGGAGCGGCUCUAGCUAUCACUCAGGGUGAUAAAGGCCUACCGUCUCCCACGAGGCUGCGGCCAUCUUGGCAAGAGAGGUGGAGGGACUGUCAAGGAAGCCCUGGUCUAUCGCAUUGGCGAUUGGAUGGCUCGUAUACGCAGAGUCUCACUUACCGCAUAAACCAGGUCAUCACGGAUCAUGGGCGUUUUGGGGUCUACCUGUACGAGAUACGACAUGCCAGUUUGCCGAUGUGCGUCCAUUAUGGAGGAGCGGUUGAUACGACUGUCCACAUGCUGUUGUUCUGUCCCUCUUGGAUGAACCAGUGUGUGGCGCUUUUCGACGUCCUAGGAUUGGACGCGCCUGACAGAACGUACAGCGUUGUUAGAUCCGCUUUGGAUUCUUCGCGGUUCUGGAUGGCCCUUGCAGACUUCUGUGUGCCGUGA